CACCCAAACACACACACGAGUCGCGACGAAAACAACUCGUGGCGGAAGGGAAAUUUUCGCUUCUUUUUCGUUAUUUUGCCAUAAGGAAGGGCCUGAGCUUACGUAGCCUCUCGGGGAAGAGCGGGGGGCAUUCCAGACUCUCGGCGCAGGAGGGGAAAAGCAGGUCACGCAGCAGGAGAAGAGAGGAGAGAGAGAAAAGAGACAGCACCAUGGGCCGCAGACACAGACACGUGCAGUACGAGAAGUACGAGAAAGAGAACAAGAGCAAGAAGAGGAAGAGGAGGACUGACGACUCGGACGACUCGGACGACGAUGGCGAUUCCGACAUGGAUUCCGAUAUUUCUGAGGAGGAGUUCCCGUCCCUCACGAAGAAGGAGAAGAAAAUGGCCAAGGACAUUCUCUCUCAGCCUGUCCAGGCUCCAGUCAUGAAGUCCAUUGCAGAAAUUGCAAGAGAAAAACUGAGGAAACUUGAGCAGAUGGUCCACCCAGCCAAGCCAGACCCAGGAUCGAAGAAAAUCAAGAAUGGCCAAGUGCUGAUUAGGAAGCAGAGCAAGGCCAAGCGACUUCUGAUAGGUCAGAUUCGUCGGCUCAGGAAAAGACUAAAGAGAAAGGGCAGAUAUGAUGAAAUGAGGGAAAUUAUGGAGGAGGAGAAGAGACUCACAAAGCUGGAACCGCGAACCCUCGAAUCGACCAGGGAGGCCGACGAGACCACUGUGCAGGAGAAUGACGAGGAAGUGGAGCAAGAGGAGGCCUUGGAUGCCUUUGCCGACUAUUAUAACAAGGCGUACGAGCCUCGCAUUUUGGUCACGUCCAGCGAUAAUCCACAUAAGGCAACUGUUUCUUUUAUUCGUGACUUAUGCCGCGUAAUACCCAAUGCUGAACCCAAGUGGCGCAAUAGAGCAAGUAUUAAAAAGACGGUAAAAAAUGCUAAGGCGAAUGGCUUCACAGAUCUUAUUUUUGUUAAUGAAGAUAAGAGAAUGCCAAAUGGUCUGCUCCUGAUUCACUUGCCGGAAGGACCAACAGCACUCUUCAGGGUCAGCAAUACUCGCGUCGGUAAAUCUGUGGCUAAGAAGCAUUACAUAGGAGAUACUGAUCAUAGACCUGAGGUGAUAUUAAACAACUUCACAACCCGGCUUGGACGAGUUGUUGGACGUAUGCUAGGAGCGAUAUUCCAUUACGAACCUGAGUUUAAGGGCCGGAGAGUGUGCACCUUUCACAACCAGAGAGAUUACAUAUUUUUUAGACAUCACAGAUAUGAAUUUAGGAACCAACAGAAGGUAAGCUUGAAGGAAAUGGGACCAAGGUUUACGCUGCGCCUCCAGUGGCUCCAGCAGGGGGCCUUCGAAGGGGACUUCGAAUGGAACCUCAAGAGACACGACAUGGAGACCUCCAGAAGAAGAUUCUUCCUUUAGUUAGAAUUAAAAAUAUAGAUAAAUACAUUGUUAUUGCCAUUAAAGU